UGCAACUUAACUUGGUUCUCUAGAUCCAUUAUAAAACCAUCAUGACAAACCUGUUUGUAGAUUUUCAUUUGGGCUGAUUUGAUUUCAGAUUCAUCGAAUGUUGACUAAAUCUAGGACACUACUCCACUUUAUUAUUCUAGUCUUUAAAAAAACACUCAAGUACCGUCAUGUGAUCUUGUCCCUGAGCCUAGUCUCCCUGGUCCUGUACUUCUACAAGCUGCUGUUCUUUGGUGACCUGGGCGCCAUGUUCCGGUCAGAGGAGAGGCUCGACUUCCGGUUUGUGGACGCGGAGGUGACGGAGGAUGGGAGGACCGCCUACAUGAACAAGUGGGUGGGGUUCCCACACCUAGCCCACGUCGACUGUAAGGCCGCGCUGUCCAAGAAACAGGACAACAGGCUGUACCCAAAGACAGUCAUGCGUGUCGCCGCCUCACAGAUCGCACAAGACAGCCGCAACUGCUCAUCCUUCCUGCACGAGUACGGCUUCCAGAGGUUCUCAAACGUCUCCCAGGAGGAGGUCGAGUUUCCCAUCGCGUUCAUCAUUUUGUUUCACAAGGACCUGGACCAGGUGAUGCACCUGUUACGCCAGAUCUACCGACCCCACAACGUCUACUGCCUGUCCGUGGAUCUGAACUCUGACCCCGGCUUCAUCAACUCCGUGCGAGCGGUGGCCGCGUGUUUCCCCAACGUGUUCCUGGCCACCCAGUUGGAGCACAUCGUGUACGCCGGGUACGCUCGUCUGAUGGCCGACAUCCACUGCAUGCGGGACCUGGUCGCUCACCAGGUCAGGUGGAGGUACCUCAUCAACAUGCCGGGCCAGCAGUUCCCACUCAAAACGAACCUUGAGAUGGUGAAAAUCUUAAAGAUUUUUAACGGAGCCAAUGAUAUGCUGGGUGUAACUGGUAAACGGUCACUGCCACAGCGUUACAAGAUCAAACAUCGCGUCAUACUGGACAGCAAGACAGGAAAAAACAUAACAGCAGAAACGGUUGAAAGGAACCCCCCACCCCCACACAACUUCCAGAUCGUCAAAGGCAGCGCUUAUGGGGCGUUUUCUAGAGCAUUCGUUCUUUUCGUGCUGGUCAAUAAAAAGGUCUGGGACUUGAUCCGGUGGUCUAAGGACAUCGAGAGCCCAGACGAGUAUGUCUGGUCAACUGUCCAUCACACGAAACUCUUGGACGUACCAGGAGGUUACCGAGGCCUACCAGAGAAGAAGAAGUACCUGACGACAUACGUGGCCUGGGAAAACGAAUCACCCUGCGCCACCAUACACGUGCGAUGGGUCUGUAUCUUCUCAACUUCCGAUCUGCCCAUGCUGGCGGGGCGCCACGAGCUGUUCGCCAACAAGUUCUACAUCGACUUCCACCCGACAGCCCUACACUGCCUGGACCAGUUCCUGUACAACCUGACUGUCACAGGGACCUCACGUGACCUGCAGUUUUACCGCUCACUGCCGUUUGUUGGGCCGCAUAAAGAAACAGGAGAGGACUAGACGUCAUCAACAGCAGGGAACUAGACGUCAUUAACAGCAGGGAACUAGACGUCAUUAACAGCAAGGAACUAGACGUCAUUAACUGCAGGGAACUAGACGUCAUUAACAGCUGGGAACUGUCGCCAGUCUUUCAAUUAAA